ACCGCCACAUACCCCACCCCCUCCUUUUUCUCACCCCAAUUUCUUCCCGCCGGUGAACGUACCGGAAAAUCCUGUUACUCUGAUCCAAUCCUCUACUGAUAUCACGGAAGAUUAGAUUUAAAUCGAAAAAAAUAAAUUAAAUUGUAAUAAACAAAGAGAAAAAUUGUAACAAGUUUGGGAUUCGAGAAGGUUCUCUAUGGGUGAAGAAGUGAAAAUCACCGACGGUGAUGCUUACGCCGGAGAUGAUAACCGUGUUCUCGAGUGGGAAGACGGACUUCCGAGUUUUGACGAUCUGACGCCGUUAUCUCAGGCUUUAAUCCCGCCGGAGCUAGCGUCGGCGUUUAGAAUCACGCCGGAGCCGACGAGGACGAUGGCCGAUGUCAAUCGUGCUUCGGAGAGUACCUUUUCUUCUCUCCGUGCAGGACAGUUACAUAUGUUAUCGGAGAAGUUUCAUUUCAAUGAAGGAAGGAACGAAGAGAGAAAUCAUGAGAAUGACGAGGUGGAUCUGACACGAGAUGGAUCCGAAUCGAGGAAGACCCGGAGGAUUGACCUGGAAAUGGUUACGGAAGAGGCAGAUUCUGAAUUGAGGAAUGAGAAUUGUGGAGAUGAUAAUUCAGCUAAGACGUUGAAACGGCCGAGGCUAGUCUGGACGCCGCAGCUGCACAAGCGAUUUGUAGACGUCGUGGCGCAUUUAGGGAUCAAAAAUGCUGUGCCUAAGACAAUUAUGCAGCUUAUGAAUGUGGAAGGACUAACAAGGGAAAAUGUUGCAAGUCACUUACAGAAGUAUAGGUUGUAUUUGAAGAGAAUGCAAGGAUUGUCUAAUGAUGGACCGUCUUCGUCUGAUCAUUUGUUUGCUUCCACGCCUGUGUCGCAGAGUUUGCAGCAGUCUGGUGGUAAUGGUCAUAGUAGUAAUGGUCAUAUGCCAAUGCCUAUGCCAAUGCCAAUGAUGUAUCCGCCGCAAAUGGUGCCAAUGCCUAUGAUGGGAAUGUCAGGACAUGGGUUUCAUCAUCAGUAUAAUAUGGGGCAACCACGGGACUGGUCUGGAAAUAAAUUUGGUUCUUAUCAUCAUGUUGCUCCUGGUGACAAAUAGCUGUAGACAUGAAAAAAAGAGGGUUGGUUACUUGAUUGUUCAUCAGAAAUCUCAUUUGGUGGAAUGCAAACUAGGAAUUCCAGUUAGAUCCUUUAGUCCUUUUUCUUACUUGUUUAGAUUUGGUAGAUUUAUAGGUAAAAAGUUUCAUAAAUUGCUCUAAAGUUCUUAGAGCCAGGUCAUUUCUGAUUGUAGCUUCUUAUUCAGAAAGGAGCUUAGAACAUAAUACAGGAUAAAAUUGUUGUUUCAAUCACACUUUUCUUGAAAAGUAGUACAAUAACCGGAUUCUCUU